CGCGGAACGCAUGUGCCACUGAAAAAUCGGUCAAUUGUACGCCCGCGUUUUAUAUCGUAAUAGUGUGAAAAAAUUGUGCUUUUAGUGAUUUAUCUGCAUUCAGAAUUGUAUUCGAAAAAUUAACCAUCAAUAGAGGUACGACAGUGUAGUGCAACCUUGUGAUACCAUGUUUAGUGCAGUGAUGAGAGUGUAGUGCUGCAAUGGAGGCGACAGCUCUGCCCCUGGAGGCGGACGACGAGGGCAGGCCGCAGCAGGCCUCGUCCACCGGCAGCGGCUCCUCGUCCGGCGCCGGAUACUAUGGGCAUAAGAAUGGUGAAUGGCGCGGCGAAAGAAGGAUGUUAGACAUCACACGCGACAAGCCGGUGAAGGUGUGCGUGCGCGUGGUGGUGCCCGUCCGAGACCAUCCUAAAUUUAACUUCGUAGGUAAGCUCCUUGGGCCGAAAGGGAAUUCACUGAAGCGUCUCCAAGAAGAUACGAUGUGCAAAAUGGCUGUUCUAGGCCGAGGAUCUAUGAAGGAUAGACAAAAGGAAGAAGAGCUCCGUAUGUCAGGCGACCCGAAGUUCUCUCAUCUAUCAGAGGAGCUGCACGUGGAGAUCAGCGCGUUCGCAACGCCCGCCGAGGCGCACGCGCGCAUCGCCUACGCGCUCGCCGAGCUCAGGAGGUUCCUAGUGCCGGAUUACAACGACGACAUCCGACAAGAACAGAUGCUGGAGAUGCAGAUACUGUCCUCACAAAACGAACAACGAAGACUUACUCCACCAGAAUCAUCGCGAAGUAAUAGUGAGGAAACUUUGCCAAUACGGGACCCCGGGAAACAACGGGUACCAGUGGCCCCAGUGUCUCAGCCGUCCCUGGCGAGCGCACCCGUGCUGCCGGUGAGCCACGCUCCGAGCGCGCGCGACUUCUCCCCGCCCGCGCCCACCCCCGCCCCCGAACACCUACCGCACCAUCAGUUGACGAGCCCAGCCGGCCACGGCUUGCUAGUUGGCGGGGGUAUCCUUCAACAAGCACCAACGCACCAUCUUCUGACACAAAAUACAAUACUAGGUGGCGGCGACAUCCUGGGGCUGAGCAGCCCCGUGCUGGGCGGCGUGCUGCACGCGCACCCCGCGCUGCGCGGCGUCAAGCCAGCCGCCGUGCACCUCGCCUCGCAAGGUGUUGGGUCGGGUGGGAGCACCCGCAAGCGGCCGCUGCUGGGCGGCGCGCGGGGCGCCAUCUCGCCGACUAAGCGCGCCGUGCUGUCGCUGCUCGCGCGCGCGCGCGCCGCCACGCACAAGCACGCACACGAACACCCGGCUCUACUUCCACUGAUAAGGGACGAGUUUGUGACGGGCGUCGGCGUUAAUAUCAAUCUAGCGUAAUAUCUAAUCGAAAUAAAUAAAUGUACUUUAGUAAUAAAUUAUAACUGAAUCAACCGUGUUUCAAUAGCUUAGUCCAUGGACAUCUUGUGAAUGUAUUUUACGUCAUAGGCACACCCUUUCUUUUCCUUUUUAGAUUUAUAAGAAUACAUGAACUGUUUCAAUAUUUCUCAUCUUUUUAAUUUUGUUUUUGUCUUUAGACAGAAUAAGGAAGUUCAAAAUUUUUACCAUUAAGUACAACGGCCUCAGUAAAUUUAAAAAACGAUUUAAUAAAAUAAUGUAUUAGCUUUAUAGUGCUUAUGAAGUUUUUUAGAGUUUUUUACUAUGAUGUAGGUACACCAUUUUUAUGUUGAUUUAAUCAUUAAUACCCUAAAGUUCAAUUGUAUUUAUUUACCUUAUUGCCCCAUUGCUCACAAGUAGAUCAAAAUUUUUCUAUACCGUCAAUUUAAACGAUCCCCAUUUAAGGCCUAAUUAGAAAAAAGGACCAUGUGUAAAUAAUUUUCCCUCGCCUUCUAGUUGUAAAUACGUGUAUUUAGAUAUUAAUAAAUAUAGAAUAUUUAUUUAAAAUGUAAGAGUUCUAGAACAAACUUGAUGUUGAUACAAGAGGACUUAGUGAACGAAUAACAAUUCAAUAAAGAAGAUUCAUGAGGUAAACUCAAGACUAUUAGAAAAUUUGUGAUAAAAUAUAAUUUCUAACAAUCUCUCUUUUACUUUUUUAUUCGUUCAUACAGUCAAUUUACAUAAAUUUUAAUAAAACACCUCAAUAUACUAUAUCAAGCACAAAAUUAUUAAAAAUAUGCAAACAUUAAUAAUAAUUAUAAUUAAAUUUUAAAUGCACCUACGUAAAAUCAUAUGUAGCUAGAACAAUUCGUAAAACAUUAUUUAUUUGAUUCAUAUAAAGUAAAAUCUUGUGUACAUUUUAUGAAAUUUAAUAUAAUAAUUAUAACUAAACAAUAAAUAUAUUUAGAUUUAAAAGGAACAUAAGAUUUAUAUGAAGCGUUAUGAUGAACAUUUUUAAUAUUUUGGUCUUUAUCUACACUACAAGCAAUGAUAUUUCAAUAAUAACAAUAUUUUAUUUCAUUUUGCCAUUAAUUUCAUAAAUCUUUAGAAAGCCAGGAAAAAGGUACAAAAAAUAAACAAUUACAUCAGAACAGAAUAAGUUAUCUCUUUACGUGCUACAUUAUAGUGAAUUAUUUAAGGACGCAACUCUCAUAUUAUGUGUUAUAUAUCGUUUUUCUUUAUUUCGUGUGUUGAAUUACUUUAUAUUGCAAAAACCAUAACAUUGCUAGUCUGUGAACCGAAAACAAAUUGUGUUUGUCAUUUAUCGCAUUGUUUAUAUUGUUGCAUAUUGAUUUAUUCACAUAUAAGAUACUGUUAUUAUUGUAGAAGAUUAAAUAUUUCUUAGAUGAAGGCCUGAAUAUUUCACAAUUAUUUUAAUUACAAAAUAAAUUAUACGACUGUAUUAAUAUUUUGUAUGAUCUGAGUCUAUU